UUAAAGUUCAUAUUAUCUUGUUUCUUCUACUUAUAACAUAUUUCUUUUUUAAGCUUAAUUGUUUUAUAAUGAGUUUCAAUUUUUUGGUGGGACAGAUCAAACAAUAUGAGUAUUUUGGUUUUUAUUAUUUUAGGAUAGAGUUAGAUGAAUCCCCUUGUAAUGUUGAGCUAACCAAUUACAAGCUGUCUCUCUUUUUUUUUUACUCGGAGCAGCACUGCAGGCGUGGAAUGAACUAUGAAAGCUGCUGUUUCACUGGCGCUUUCCCUCUCUCGCUCAUGGCUCUACCUCUGCCUCUGCCUCGCACUGCUGAGGUAACAAAGCCACAUUUAUAUACAUAAAGCACACCGUUUGUAGUUAAUUCGAUCCACCACAAUCUUUUGAUUAGAUAUGCUUAGUACUCUCUGUACAAGAUUCAGAACUUCACUACUCAGCUAUGGAGUUAUUGGGUCAAACUCAACUUCUUAUUUGGGUGUUUUUGCUGCAAGCUUCUCUUCAUCUGCGACCACUGCUCUGGAAAAAUCUGAUAAAGGUACCUCUUUUACGGUGUCUUACCUUGUGAAUUCAUGUGGGUUGUCCCCAGAAUCUGCCAUUGUUGUUUCCCGAAAGUUAAGGCUCAAAAACUCAGAAAGACCUGACUCUGUUCUGGAUUUCCUGAGAGAACACGAAUUCUCGGAGGACGAUAUCUCAAAAAUUGUAAGGACACGGCCUGAGACUCUUUUGUCGGAUCCAAAUAAAACUUUUUUGCCAAAGUUUGAGUUUUUCUCCUCAAAAGGGUAUUCUAAGAAGGAAGUGGUGAGUAUUAUAUCUUCUGAUCCUCAUCAUUUGUAUAGAAGCUUGGAUAAGAACAUUGAACCUACUUUUAACUUACUCAAGACUAUCUUGCCUAGUGAGGUGUCAGUUUGUGCUUCGAAACACCAAUGGGUGUCCUUAGCUAAAAAUUGGGAAUCUGUGAUUACAAAUCUUGGGUUGUUGAGAGACUUAGGUUUCACUGACUCACAAAUAGCUUCUACAUUGAAACAUUUUACUGAGAUUCUGAUCUUGAAGCCUGAGAGAUUCAGUAGUAUUGUGGAUGAGAUUAAAAACAUGGGAUUUUGUCCAGAGAAGUACACUUUUUUGUUUGCGAUUCGCGCUAUGUCUAGGAAGACUUUUAAGAAAACUUGGAAACAGAAUUAUAAGGCUUAUAUGAGGUUUGGUUGGUCUGAAGAUGAUAUUCUUAAUGCAUUUAAGAUGCACCCGAAUUGCAUGGUAAUGUCUGAAAAUAAGAUAGAGAAAGUAAUGGAUUUUCUAGUCAACAAAAUGGGGUGGUCGCCGAAAAAGAUUACAAACUGUCCUGUCGUUCUCUUUUACAACUUUGAGAAGAGAACACUUCCUAGAUGUUCUGUUGUUCAAGUUUUGUUGGCGAAGGGAUUGAUGAGACUAGAAGAUAUCAGCUUUUGUGGCGUGAUACAAAGUGUUGAAUCAAAGUUCUUGGAGAAGUAUGUGACCAAGUAUAAUGAGAAAGUGCCUCUGCUGUUGAGCGUGUACAAAGGGAAAGUAAAUGUUGAAGAUGCAUAAGGAAAAACAUAAUUUUAAUCCUACUGUCUUUACUCAAAAGAGUUUACCCUUUUGUUUCUUUUCAAGUCACAUUCAUUGUGAAGAGUUUGGUCUGCUAGUUGUAAAGCAAUUUGAGUCAAUCUCUACAUCAAUGGUGGCAGAAGGUUCGUUCUCAGGGCUUAUGCUUAACAAAUUAUAUAAAACGUUGAGGCUGAGCCAUCUGCCAUGGUUAGCCAGUGUUUACAUCCUGUCUCUUCACAAUGUUCUGAUAUGAGACCACAUGCCUAUGACCCUAUGUUAGUAUCUAUCUUGGUAUGUUGUAUGAUGAGUUUCACCUUCUUCCUCAAUAACACCGAGUUGGGUCGAGGCACGAUCAGCUUUGCUAGAGCUGAGUGAUUAAGGUUAAGGCUAGGGACAUCUCAAUUCUCAAUCGUUGGUUGCACCAGAGAUUUUUUUCAUGCACCAUGCAAUUGACACUAUUGAGUAAAGUAAGGUUCCACUAGUGUUGGUGAUUGGACUUGUAUCAAGAUCAACAUUAAACUAAUUUGGGGCCUCUACUGAUUGUUCAAAUUAAACUAAUUUUAGCGCUGACUACUUUUUUAUAGAAUUUCACGUAUUAUGUUGAUCAUCCUAAACAUGACUUGUACAAGUCCCUAAAUAUUGAAUAGAACAUAUAGAAUUACAUUUAUAUUCUCAGAACAAUAAAGUUUCUAAUGAGAGAAUGGUUAGAAAGAGAAUCAGGAUUAUUUAUGGGUUGUGUAUCUUUUUAGUAUUCUGUGUUUUAUCAGACCAUGUAUUUAAUUAAUACUAAUUCGAUUAAUAAAAUUUUAAAAUAACAUAGAA